CAAACCCAUCCUUUAACACGUUCAUUUACACAAGAUUGGCAGUCAGUUAGUUGCCAGCUUCCCAGUGUAAGGCACAGCUGGUAUCAUGUGGUCAGCAGUGUUGUUAGUAAUUCUUGCUCAAGUUGCUUCUUUCGAGGCUGCCAGAGUUUGUCAUGGAUCGCUUGGAUGUUUCGACAACUUUGGAUCAUUCCUUAACAUGCCGUUACCAUGGAGUCCAUCAAAGGCAGGGAUAACUUACACACUUAACACUCGUAGAGGAUCUGGUCACAUCAGUAAGAGUUCUGUACCCUCAACAUUCAAUAUUCGUAAUGACGUAAAGGUGAUUGUUCAUGGUUUCAACUCUGGCAGCAGAGAGCCCUGGAUCUUGAAUAUGGUCAAAGAACUAUUGAGAAAGGGUGAUUUUAAUGUAAUUACUGUGAAUUGGUCAAAAGGAUCAUCUCUGUCUCCUUUGAAAUUUGACCAAUGUGCAUCAAACACACGUGUGAUAGGAGCCCAUCUCACAGAAAUGCUUAGGGCAAGGGGUGUCCCAAGGAGCAAAGUGCAUUGUAUUGGUCACAGUCUUGGCUCUCAUGUAUGUGGCUUUGCAGGCAAGAGGUAUAAGUUUGCUAGAAUUACAGGUCUAGACCCAGCUGGUCCUUUGUUCACAGUGGCUCAAAAGAAUGCAAGAUUGGACUCCAGGGAUGCCGAUUUUGUUGAUGUGAUUCACUCAAAUGCUGGAAAUCUACCUGAAUUUGGCAAUAAACUUAGACUGGGUGAUGUUGACUUCUGGCCUAAUGGUGGCACCAGACAGCCUGGUUGUCUGCAGUACAGUGCCAGAGAAAAGAGGGGAAACAUAGACUUGGCCAAGGUGUUUGGCUGCAGUCACAUGAGAGUUUGUGAGCUGUUCACCGAAUCAAUCAACUCUAGAUGCAAGUUCACUGCCAACAAAUGUGAUGAUUACAGGAAUUGGAGAACUGGAAGGUGUUCAAGAAAUUGCAGUGGUUUGCGCUGUACCUCAAUGGGAUAUAAUGCAGAUACCAAGGCCCGUGGUGGAUAUUACCUUGAUACUAAGGGAUAUAAACCUUAUUGUAAAAGUUAAAUUGAUGACAUUAUAAGCACAUUUGGAAGAUUUUGUGGUGAAAGUGAAAAUAAAUUAUGUUCAAUAUUUUA